GAGCCGGAGGCGGAUGGCGGCUGCGGCGGCUCAUCAUCUUCGGCGGCAGCGGCGCUGAAGCAGGACGCGGAUCGGGCGCGUCCGGUGGUAGGAGGAGAGCGGCUGCCGCCCCCAACAUGCACAGCCUGGCGACGGCUGCGCCUGUGCCUACGGCACUGGCUCAAGUGGAUAGAGAAAAGAUCUAUCAGUGGAUUAAUGAGCUGUCCAGUCCUGAGACAAGGGAAAAUGCUUUGCUGGAGCUAAGUAAGAAGCGAGAAUCUGUUCCUGACCUUGCACCUAUGCUGUGGCAUUCGUUUGGUACUAUUGCAGCACUUUUACAGGAAAUUGUAAAUAUUUAUCCAUCUAUCAAUCCACCCACCUUGACAGCACACCAGUCAAAUAGAGUUUGCAAUGCCCUUGCUUUACUGCAAUGUGUGGCGUCACAUCCAGAAACCAGGUCAGCAUUUCUCGCAGCACACAUCCCCCUUUUUUUGUACCCCUUUUUGCACACUGUCAGCAAGACACGCCCUUUUGAGUAUCUUCGGCUCACCAGCCUUGGAGUUAUUGGGGCCUUGGUGAAAACAGAUGAGCAAGAAGUAAUCAACUUUUUAUUGACUACAGAAAUUAUCCCUUUGUGUUUGCGCAUUAUGGAAUCUGGAAGUGAACUUUCUAAAACCGUUGCCACAUUCAUCCUUCAGAAGAUCCUCUUAGAUGACACUGGUUUGGCUUACAUAUGUCAGACAUAUGAGCGUUUCUCCCAUGUUGCCAUGAUCUUGGGUAAGAUGGUCCUGCAGCUGUCCAAAGAGCCUUCUGCCCGUCUACUGAAGCAUGUAGUGAGAUGUUACCUUCGACUCUCAGAUAAUCCCAGGGCACGUGAAGCACUCAGGCAGUGCCUCCCUGACCAGUUGAAGGACACGACCUUCGCCCAGGUGCUAAAAGAUGACACCACCACAAAACGCUGGCUUGCACAACUGGUGAAGAACCUGCAAGAAGGCCAGGUCACUGACCCCCGGGGUAUCCCCCUGCCCCCUCAAUGAUCCUCCCCGUCCUCUCCCACUACUCCCCCGCAUUGGGGAAGGGAGGGGGAACCUGCGAGGAAAACAGCUCAGGUUUUAUCAUCGACUGGGAAUAGACAACCUCAAUGCUGAACCGCACUGGAGAAAAGGGGCAAGGGACCCUGCUGAGGUGUGUGGGCUGCCAUCUCAGGCUGCCUCAAGGACCUGAGAUCCUUCUGCUACUCCCAGGAAGUGGGCUCCUGACAGAGCAGUCUGCCACCACAGCCCCAGGAGGGUGUCAACACCAGCAAAUGCUGUAUUUGCAGCGUGCCCAAGAUGACCGUCUCCCCCACCUCUACCUAGCCGCUGGCAGAGAGGGGAGACCAUGGUGAGAGCAGCAGCACUCUAGGUAUGGUGAACGCCUGGGACCAAGCCAUGGGGCGUUUCCUCUUUUGCCUUCCUGGAAGACUCAAGAUGUGUCUCUUCAUUCUCUCUCAGUGUUUGUUUACUUUGGUUUUUUGUUUUUAAUCUCAGAGAGAGGCGUGUUUAGUGGACACAAGCUGUAAUACUCAGCAAAACUUUGUCAGUUGGCACUGUUUACAAGUUUGUUAGCUGCAUAAGCUCAAUAAAAAGUUGGUCUGGGCAUUACAUUCCCUCUGGCAGGCCAAUAGCUGCAUUGAGCUGUUGGGAGGAAUGGGAAGUAAGGGAAAGGUGUAAAGCCAAAGGACGGCAGAAACCCACCAUGUAUUUCACUUCCCAUUACCAUUCUCCUACCCCUUGGAUGCCACAAGGACCUUAACCUUGUUUCUGGCUUUAGUGCUAGCUUUUCCCAAAUCUCAGCGCUUUCACUUUUUCACUCCCCUCCUACUAAACUUUAAAAUACAUGUCUUAAUUCAUCAGGCUGUCCUGGAAGGGUAUUCUGUUGGGUGGGGGAGACCCCACCUUCAAUCCAAAUUCUCAAAAAUGUUUUCUGGAUGACUUUUAAAAAGGAGAUGUUUGGAAUUAAGGUGACUGGCUACUUUAUCCUAUUCUUUGCUGUAGUGUGAAUUUCAGCAGAUCCAGCUGCUUUCAUGAUUGUACUUGAAGCAGUAUUAGCUGAAUGAGUCCAUUUUAUUCAGAUUUACGAUGGAGGGUUGGGCCGUGCUUGCUCACUCAGUCUUUUCUUUUGACACAUUCCCUUUUGGUCUAUGGGAAUUACAGGGUUACGACUAAAAUAUUUUCCAUUUGUUCAUAUUGUGUCAGAGAAUUCAAUUCCCUUCCUCCUCUGGAGCUUUGGAUGGUUCUGCUCCCAAUUCACAGGCUUGAAUCUGUAACCUAGUGUAAACUGCCUUGCCUACCCCCAGUCUUUCCCUCUGCCAGCACCUACUAUCUCUCACCCCCAUCUCCAAUCAAAGAUGGGAUUGCUAAUCCAGCUCUUGAGAGGGACCAAGUCUUUUCUGUCCUCAUCUUACACAGUUGAAGGUGUUUCUAAAACAAGUAGAGGGAGGGUCUCUAAGGGGCAGGCUCAGAGAAACCUUUGCAGAGGCAGUUUUACCAACACAAGGGCUCUUUCAAGCCGACUUUCACAAAGGGAGCCGGCCUUGUUAAUUGGAUUCUGUCUCUUUAGAGCCAAGAAAGUAGUAAUUAAGUAGCCUAGAUGUAGGAAGGGUAGGAUAAGCACUUAUUCUUCUACCUUCUAAAAUGAAGAGGAGAAUCAGGCCAGCUGUCAAUAAUCUCAUGCCUGAAGAGGAGAAGUCUUGGUGAAAGCAGAGAACAGCAUGGACUGGAUAGAUGUUUUGACUCCCUUCAGCCCAUAGUCUGUGCUCUGGCAAGCCCACUAGGGUAACCCUGAUUUUUGCCAACCGCCUUCCUGUUGAGCCAAAGUUUUCUCAUUUUCCCUUCACUGGGGAAGCAGUUGAGGCCCAGGGCCUUGCUCCCUGGGAAAUUUUCUCCAUCUUUCGGUGCACUGGCCAUGUUACUGUGCCAAUAGUGUCUUAAUUCUUGUCCCAUUUUCUCUCCCUCAGCUGGCCUUGAACCCCACAUAGGAGUUGGGGGGGAGGGGCAGUGGAAAUGGGUAUUAUUCCUUGUAGUUGAUCUUGAUGUUGUGUGUGUAUGUGUGUGUAUAAAGAGACCCCUCCCCUCAUUUUAUGUUUUGCGUCCCUCUCACUCCCUCAACAGGAUUGAAAUAAAACAUGCUUCUGUUUUUAUAAAAAAUGAGUGUUUUCUU